AUGGCGAUGAAGAAGCUCCAGCAUGGCUCUCAUGAUUGUGUUUUAACCUGGCCGGAGAUUGUCACAAAUGGUAUCUGCAACAUCUGUUACAAAGAUGAACCUGUCGAGUUCGCUUGUAUCCCUUGUAAUUUCGAUCUAUGUGAAUUUUGCUCCAAUCUUCCACAAAGAGUGUCACAUGAGUUUCACUCAAAGCAUCCUUUAGAGCUUUGUCUCCGAAAAUAUGAUCAGAAACAGGGACACAUCACCUGUUCUGGUUGCGGAAACAUGUCCUCAGAAUCUUUCUACGAGUGUAAAGACUGUGAGAUCUACCUAGAUCUUGAUUGUGCGAUCCUGCCGAACAUUUUCAGGAGCUGGGAUGCCAAAGAAAAGUUCCACUACAGCCAUGCUCACUUGCUCAAGAGGUGUAGACCAGGACCAGACGCUAAAGGUUUAUGUCUUUUGUGUGAGCUUCCACUCUCUCCCUCCGCUAUUUCACCUUCACAUGAAGUGUGCAGAUUCCUUAUUGCGAGGUCUGAUUCACAAGUCUCAUGA